AUGUCCCUGGUCGACUACUCUUCCUCGUCUGCCGCCGAGUCAGACGCCGACGAGACGCGGCAGCCGCCCGCCAAGCGCCGCAAGGCCGGCCUCGGCAACAGCGCCGCCGCCUCUUGCAGGUCUGGCGGGACGGGCUCCUCUACCGCGUCGACGGAGACGAUGCCGCCCUUGCCUGCGGCCUUUCACGACCUCUACGCCUCGACCGUCCGCCAGAGCGUCACCGACGACCCGGGCUUGCACCAUGGCCGCAAGAGACAGACUCCCCACGUGCCGGGCAACUGGCCCACGCACCUCUACAUCGAAUGGCAUCCGAGCGAAGCGCAGCACAACGCACUCGAGGAACUGCUUGGUCUGGCCGAGGCAGAGCUCGGCGACGAUAUCAAGCUGCGCAACUUUCUCACGAGCGACCUAGGCGCCCACCUGCCGCUACACAUCAGCCUUUCCCGCCCCCUCAGCCUGCGCGCCGCCGAAAAGGACGAUUUCCUGGACAGGGUGACCAAGUCGAUCCGAAGCAGCGGCACGGGGGCUUUUGCCGUGCGGCCAGGCGGCCUGGCCUGGUACCGGUCGCCCGACUCGGGCCGGACAUUUCUCAUCCUCGGCGUCGUGGCGGGCGCGGGCAUGGGGUCGACCAACCCGCAGCUCAUGAGGCUCCUGACACGGUGCAACACCGUGUCGACGUCGUUCAACCAGCCGGCGCUCUAUCAAAAGACGUACAACGAGGCCGUCGGCUCGGCCUUUCACGUCUCCAUUGCCUGGACGUUUGGGCUGCCCGACGACGAGGCGUCGCUUAGAGUACUCAGGCUGUUCAAGCGGAAGCAGUUCAAGAAGCUGCAGACGUGGGAGAUAGACGUUUCGGGCGUCAAGGCCAAGAUUGGCAACGUGGUGAGCCAUAUACCGCUGGCCGAGAUGGGGUCCCAGGCCGCGGCGGUGUCGAGCUCGCUGUUGCUUGGGCCGUGA